AAUCACGCCACUGGUCUCGUUAGUUUAAUUGUGGCCCUGCAAAGACAACGCCAUCACACUCAUCAGCUACAGCGAGGGAGUGGGGCAGCACGAAGAUAGCGCUGGAUUUCUGCAAGCUAUUUGGCCAUUAUUUUCUUAAAAACUAUAAGCGUCUGUCUCAUCUACAACUGCAAUGGAAUACAUUCGUCCGGUUAAUUAAACGCCUUCGAAUCGGGCCUCUGGGUUUUUUGUUUGUUUUGCGCUGCACAAAGCAAUGUGGAGUAAAUAAAUAUCCUGAAACGCUGAAACCAGAGAAUAUAGAUGAUGGGCUGUGUGCAAUGCAAGGAUAAAGAAGCAACGAAACUCACGGACGACCGAGACACCAGUAUCUCCCAGAGUGCCGCGGGCUACCGCUAUGGCGCCGACCCCACGCCACAGCACCAGCACUACCCCAGCUUCGGGGUCACCGCCAUCCCAAACUUCAACAACUUCCAGGCACCCGUUGGCCAGGGGAUAACGGUUUUCGGAGGGGUCCACACCUCCUCCCACACAGGGACCCUCCGCACCCGUGGCGGAACAGGAGUCACCCUCUUCGUGGCACUUUACGACUAUGAGGCCCGGACAGAGGACGACCUCAGCUUCAGGAAAGGGGAGAAGUUUCAGAUAAUCAACAGCACUGAAGGGGACUGGUGGGAUGCUCGUUCCCUCACCACCGGUGGAAAUGGCUACAUUCCCAGUAAUUACGUGGCUCCAGUGGACUCCAUCCAGGCUGAGGACUGGUACUUUGGGAAACUGGGCCGGAAGGAUGCAGAGAGGCAACUUCUGUUCACUGGCAAUCCCCGCGGCACCUAUCUCAUCAGGGAGAGUGAAACCACUAAAGGUGCCUUCUCCCUGUCCAUACGAGACUGGGAUGACGUAAAGGGGGACCACGUGAAGCAUUAUAAGAUCCGUAAGCUGGACAGCGGCGGUUACUACAUCACCACCAGGGCUCAGUUUGAGACCCUGCAGCAGCUGGUACAGCACUACUCGGAGAGUGCGGAUGGUUUGUGCUUUAAUUUAACGGGUGUGUGUGUGAACUGCACCCCUGAUACUAUGGGCCUGACUCACGAUUCCUGGGAAAUCGCCAGAGACUCACUUGAGUUCGAAGUAAAGCUGGGGGCGGGAUGUUUUGCUGAGGUGUGGUGUGGAACGUGGAACGGCACCACUAAGGUGGCGGUGAAGACGCUGAAGCCGGGCACCAUGUCUCCUGAGUCCUUCCUGGAAGAAGCCCAGAUCAUGAAGAAGCUCCGGCAUGACAAGCUGGUGCAGCUCUACGCUGUGGUGUCUGAGGAACCCAUCUACAUCGUCACUGAGUACAUGGGCAAAGGAAGUCUCCUGGAUUUCCUGAAGGACGGGGAGGGACGAGGACUGAAACUGCCCAAUCUGGUUGACAUGGCAGCCCAGGUGGCAGCAGGCAUGGCGUACAUCGAGAGGAUGAACUACAUCCACAGAGACCUGCGCUCGGCUAACAUCCUGGUUGGGGACAACCUGGUAUGUAAGAUCGCUGACUUCGGACUGGCCAGGCUGAUUGAGGACAACGAGUACACAGCACGGCAAGGUGCUAAGUUCCCGAUUAAGUGGACGGCCCCGGAGGCGGCGCUGUACGGAAAGUUCACCAUCAAGUCCGACGUGUGGUCGUUUGGCAUCCUGCUCACAGAGCUGGUCACCAAGGGACGUGUACCCUACCCAGGGAUGAACAACCGGGAGGUGCUGGAGCAGGUGGAGCGAGGCUACAGGAUGCCCUGUCCCCAGGACUGCCCCAUCUCCCUCCACGAGCUCAUGGUGCAGUGCUGGAAGAAGGACGCCGAGGAGAGGCCCACCUUCGAGUACCUGCAGGCCUUCCUGGAGGACUACUUCACGGCCACGGAGCCGCAGUACCAGCCAGGGGACAACCUCUAAACACAGAGCUCUGGGCUGGGACUGGACUGAACCGUAGUUCUCUGGAGCCACACCAGGGACCUGUACAUCUUCCUCAGCUCAACAGAGCAUCUUGUCUCAACUCUCCUCCAACUCCCAACACUCUCAAACACUCUCCAUGGCAAACCCUGAGACAGACUCAACAGACUGGAUACCAGUUAGGAGGGAGGGAGGGAGGGAGGGAGGUUUGGGGGUGGUUGGGCUAGUUAUGAUGUAAUGAAAUGCCUGUAUUCAAUGUAAAUAUGAACAGCUAGUCGGCUUAACUUUUGGUUUAUGUUUUGGUGGUUUGUUUGCUUCUGAUGGCAUUUUGACUGAUUUUUCUCCAUGAUGAUGAUGGUAAAGAAAAUGGUCAAUGAAGAUGAUCAUUUGAAAAGUGCACCAUGAGACCAUGAUAUCUUGUCACUUCUAAUCCAGAAUAUACAGGACAUGUCUAUCAAAGCUAAUAUUUUUUUAUUAUUAUUUUGGGGGCAAUUUAAUGAACACCUCCAUAAAUUAUUUAUUUCAUUUUUGCGGUUUUACUCAUGUAUAAUAAUAAAUAAGAACACCAGUCCUGAGUGUAUCGCCUCAGUGUAUAAAUAAUUUUUGUGGCAAAGUCGUCUGUUUCACAGGGACUUGAGGCAAGCAUGACAAAAUACUCCAUAGAGAUUUCUUUUGCACCUCAUGAAUUUAGUUUGAUAGGAUUUUGCUUUUAUUUUGUUCAUCCUUGUAAAAUAGUUUUGUCCUCCUCAAAGUAAUAGAUGUUAGGCUAAUGCCGUAACAAAGUUAUUUUACAAAUAAUGUAUGUUACAUUUUGUAAUUACAGCCAAAUGUGUGCGAAUUAUACUUUUGAACAUAUCUCUUCUCGCUUACCAGGUUUUAAGAAAAAUAAAUAAUGGGGGAUAAAAUUGGUCUUUCCAGGUAUUAUUUAGUGUAUACUGGACGGACAUGAUGUUUAUUUAAGAAGAGAAAGAUGUUCAUCUCUGCUUUUAAUGGUCUUAUUUCAACUUGUAUACGGAGUUCCAUUUUAACAGCCAUUCCAAGGCAUCCAUCUCACGGUCCUUGUUUCCUCCAUGCUGUGAACCCAUGUACUGGGAAGUCUUAGUGGGUAACGUCUCUUCCUCCCUCUGUGAACAGUGACAUGUCCCCAUCCAACUGCUCCUCAAACUCAUGUCCCACACUGGGUCUGUCCGUCUGCCUGUCUGUCUGUCUGUCUGUCUGUCUGUCUGUCUGUCUGUCUGUCUGUCUGUGCAGCACAGCACCACCAGUAGGAUCCUUCCUCAGCUCAUUUAUGGACCACUUCCUUUGGAUGACUUUACCUUUUUUAUGUUUAAACUGACGCGGAUAUCUGAAGUCUUGCGUCUCCUGUUUCAGAGUAUGUAUUAUUUAACCUUAAUGGAGAGAUCUUUGAGGAUCGGGGUGUAUUGUAUCUUCAGGGGGAACGUUGCCAAGACACUGGUGAAGCAGCCGGCUGUAAAGUUUGACCUUGUCUAAUCUAAAUGUAGUAUUUGUUCUUAUCUUACGCUAGUUUUAAGUGCUAAUAAGGGUCUGUUUAAGAUUGAGCUCCAUCGUCGGUUUUACAGCUUAACAGUUUUAAAAGUGUCAGUAGCCUUCCUAGUUUAAUUCUUCUGUUUUUCCGUUAACAUUUUCUGUUUUGUUAAUUCAGUGAUUUGGCAUUUGAAACUCAAAAAGAACAAUAAACAUUUUACACUCUU